AUGGCUACAACAGUCAGAGACAACAAAUGCGACGUACCAGAGGUGUUUCCUCUAGCAACCAACGACUCCACCACCACGAUAAUUAAUCUUGCGAUUGCUGGAUCCAACUUGCCGUUUGGUAUCUUCGCGUUUCUUAGCAACCUUGCUAUCAUUGUUGCAGCCCUCAAAACACCCUCCCUUCAAAGGCCUUCGAACAUUCUCCUAUGCAGCCUCGCCACAUCAGACUGCCUAAUUGGGUUGGUGGCUCAACCGUUAUUUUUUAUAUGGUGGCUGUUUGUCCAAAGUCCUCAAAAAUGGUGUCCUUAUUUGAAACCAGUUACCAUUGUUUCUUGGAUAUCCAGGAUGGUCCCUAUUGCAUUGUCGCUGACUUACAUGAAAGUUAUCAGCCUGGAUCGCUGUUAUGCAUUGUGCCGGCCUUUGGCCUAUCGGGCAAAAGUCACCAAACGAGGUAAAACAUCAUUUUUUGCUUUUUAUCAUUUCAGAGUGAAUUUUGGGUUGUUCCAGUCCACUGAUAGGGUUGGAGGGGGAGAGGAAAGGGAUAGGUAAACUUCAAAUCGCAAAUGGCACAUUUGCACGAUGACGUCAUUUGCCUACAACUACCAGCUAGAAUUAUUAAGUUUGUUGUUUUUAUAUGAAAAUCAAGGUUAUUGUUUCAUAAAACCCAGGUGGACUUAGAAACCUCUUAAACAGUGAAGUAAAGGUUCAGUAAUCAGAAAAUAAUGGGGAGACUUUUAAAACUGGGAACACCUUCCUUAAGAUUACUAUAUAAUACAAAAUUCUUACAUAGCUUGCUGGUCCCCACUUGAUGGUCUCUUAUUAUUUGCACGCUGUCGCUCAUUGGCUGCGUGAGACUAGCAGAGCCUUUUGAAGACGAAGGAGACCCCUCUUCUUCCCCCCUUCUCAUCACCACCUGUUAAGAGGGACAAUAAAGGGGGGCAACUUGGGGCAAGUCAAUUAAAAUAGAGGCUUUAGGCGUGCGGCAAGAAGUCACGUGAAAAAAAGGGGCAAGAAUCCCGAAAGAGCAAAAGAAAUUGAUAACUCAAGAAAAAAAAAUGUAAAUUACUUUUUUACCCACGAAGCACUUAGGAGUUCGUAUGAACUCGUUUAAACGUGUCCGUGCGUUCCAGAUCGAAUUGGAAUUUGGAAGUGUUGGUUUUUAAGAAGAGGGGAAAACCGAAUUAUCCGGCGAAAAACCUCUCGGAGCAAGGAAGAGAACCAACAACAAACUCAACCCACAUAUGGCGUCGACGCCAGGAGUUCGAACUCGGGCCACAUUGGUGGGAGGCGAGUGCUCUCACCACUGCGCCACCCCUACUUCCCAGGAAGUAUUUUAUUUUAUUUUAGACUACCAAAAAUUGUAAAUAGAAUAGAAAAAACUGGGACAUACAAAUCCCUUCUUAAAGACCAUUGUCACAGGAUUCGCCAUUUUUUUAAUGAGCAAGUGUAAGACUGUGCUAAUAGUAGCUGAUGUAUUCCAAGAAACGGGUUGCAAUACUUCUACCAUGAUAGCUUUUUUUCCCGUCUAUUACUCCAUUUACACUCUUGGAUCGAAUUUCUGUGUUUUAUAUGCUUUUUCAUGGCCUGGCUUCAGCACUGAAUUUAGCCACUCGCGCGAUUUCCAUUCAUAUAACACGCGCGAUAGAGAUUUGCUCCGUCUGCCGCUAGCUAUAUAGGACAACUAAUAAGUACGAGGGUUCCUUCAGGUUCAGCGGAGCCAAGAUCUGGAACACGGUACGCUUCCUCUGAGCAUGAUAUUAAAAAGUUUGCGUUUGGUAUAAAAAGGCACUUUAGAUCCAAGCCUAACUGAGCCUCCCUUACCGGGAGUUUUAUUAUACUUAGUUGUACCAUUUUUUUUUUAAAUCUUUUUUUGUCUUAUGUGUUGGUUUUUUUUUUUCAUCAGGGCCCCAUUCAAACUAGCCUGCGCGCAGACGAAAUUAAACUCUGGUUCCGUCUGCGAAACAGCGCCGAAAUCCUUGUUCUGGACUUCCAGCUGUGUACCCAGAUUUGAGUACGCACCACGAUUGGCCAGUUAAAAAAGACCUUUGUUUUGUUAAAAAUUGGUUUUUUGAAGGGAAAUUCUUCCGGUAAUUCGUUGAGUCGGUUGGGGUUUUCGCUUUUCGCAGACGGUACUAAUCAGAGUUUAGUUAUCGUCUGCACGCAGGCUACAUUCAAACCACCCUCGCUGAACUGGGCAUUCCCUGAAUAAAUAUUGUUUAAAAUAAAUAAAUUAUAUUUUAAUGUUAAAUAUUCCACUAUGAAUCCAUAGAUGGACUUAGACUUUAAUUUUGUUAAAACUUUUUCCAUUCUUUUCGCAGAUGCUGUAAAGAUUUCUGUGAUCACCGCAUUGACUGCGAUUGCUUUAGUCGUACUCUUAAACAUCCUACCAUUAAUUCAUGCUACAAUUAUUUCAGUCAUAAUUUGUAUUGUUUUCGUCAUUUUCCCAAUUGCCAAUUAUAUAAUAAUGUUUGUGGCUGUUCGUUACCACAACCGUAAGGUGCAAGACAUGGUUUCAUCCCUGCAAUUGCAAGUAAUACUGCGACGCGAGAAAAAAGUUGCCAUGAAUAUGUUUAUUGUUUUCGUUGUUUUUGCAAUU